UGUACAGGCGACACGUGUGUGUGCCAUAGAGGCAGGAGAAAUGGCAUUCAAGAAGCGCAAAGGAUCCCGGGGAAGAAAACCUCCUAAAAACCAAGAUGGCGAUGACAGUGACACAGGGGAGUUUGAUGUCCAAGUUGGGAUGUCAGAACAAGAUGAAGUGCGCCUUCCAGCCUUCCCCACAGCUGAUGCUGACUCUGAUAUAGAACUUGACACAACACGACAAAUGGUUCGAGCACAGAACAAGAAGAAAAAGAAGUCUGGAGGGUUUCAAUCCAUGGGUCUUAGUUAUCCUGUUUUUAAGGGAGUGAUGAAGAAAGGGUACAAAGUUCCAACACCGAUUCAAAGAAAGGUGAUACCCGUAAUUUUGGAUGGAAAAGACGUGGUAGCGAUGGCUAGGACUGGCAGUGGUAAGACGGCUUGUUUCCUCAUCCCUAUGUUCGAGAAGCUAAAGGCUCACAGUGCCCAGACCGGAGUCCGUGCUCUGGUAUUGUCACCCACUCGAGAACUUGCCCUACAGACCCUCAAAUUCUGUAAAGAGCUCGGAAAAUUUACUGGUCUGAAAACAGCCCUUAUCUUAGGAGGAGACAAAAUGGAAGAUCAAUUUGCUGCUCUACAUGAGAAUCCUGAUAUUAUUAUUGCCACACCAGGUCGUCUUAUGCAUGUCGCUGUGGAAAUGAACUUGAAACUACGCAGUGUAGAAUAUGUGGUGUUUGAUGAAGCUGACAGACUUUUUGAGAUGGGCUUUGCAGAGCAGCUGCAGGAAAUUAUAUCUCGACUCCCAGAAAUGCGUCAAAGUUUGCUUUUCUCUGCCACCCUUCCUAAGAUGCUGCUUGAGUUUGCGCGGGCUGGUCUUACUGAGCCCGUGCUAAUCCGUCUAGAUGUUGACUCAAAAUUAAGUGACCAGCUGAAGUUAUCAUUUCUUCAUGUGCGUGCAGAGGAUAAACCUGCAGUACUUUUACAUCUUCUGCGCUGCGUGGUGAAGCCUCAGGAACAAACUGUGAUCUUUGUUGCUACCAAACACCAUGCUGAAUAUCUGAGACUGAUGCUGGACAUGCAAGGAAUUCCUUGCUCGCACAUCUACAGCUCUCUGGAUCAGACUGCUAGGAAGAUCAACCUGGGCUUGUUCCUGCAUGGGAAAGUCCGAGCACUGUUAGUUACCGAUGUGGCUGCCCGUGGUAUUGACAUCCCUAUGUUAGACAAUGUCAUCAACUACAACUUCCCCCCGAAACCAAAACUUUUUUUGCACCGUGUCGGACGUGUGGCUAGAGCCGGACGAAGUGGUACCGCGUACUCUCUUGUUGCUAUCGAUGAAACUCCAUAUGUUUAUGACCUUCAUCUUUUCCUGGGGCGACCCCUGAAACUAGCAGGAGAUCUGGGAACAGACACAGAUGCAGACACUGAUGGAAUGUUGGGGCGAGUACCUCAAUGUGUGAUUGAUGAUGAAGACGCUUUGCUUGUUACUGACCGGGAGCGAUCUCUAGAUCUUCAGAACCUCAAUCAUGUAGUUGAGAAUGCAUACAAACAUUACUGCAAAUCUAGACCAGCCCCAGCUUCUGAAUCUAUUAAACGGGUGAAGGAUGCUAAUUAUGCCCAGCUGGGUAUCCAUCCCAUCUUCUGGUCUCUUCUUGGUUCAGAAGAGCUGCACAGACUAAAGUUUGUUGACAGCAUAAAAGCCUAUAAAUCUAAAGCGACCAUCUUUGAAAUUAAUGCCACCAAUAAGACCACAGCCAGCGAGGUGAUGAGAGCUAAACGCAGUCAGGACAAGGGUGUCAUUGCCAAGUUUCAGCGUCUGCAAGAUGAAAAAUCAAGUGAAAAAGUACAGGCGUCAACCAGCAGGAGACAAAGUGUCCCAUCCAUGAAGGAGAGUGAUGAAGAAAAUUUUGAGGGUGUCUUCUCACAAGUGGUUGGGAAAAGGAAGAGGAAGGACACCGAUGAUCCUGAAGGUCGCAAGAAAGUAAAAGGUUCAAGUUCCCAAGAGUCUGACUUCUACAUUCCUUACAAACCAAAGGACUUUGAUAGUGAACGCGGGCUCAGCAUCACAAACAACAGCUUUGAGAAAGCGGCAGCAGGGGCGGUGCUUGAUUUAAUGGGAGACCAGACAGAGGAUCUAAAUAAGAACAAGCAGAUAUUGAAAUGGGAUCGUAAGAAGAAGAAGUUUGUUGGAACAGGUGGACAAAGUGAUAAGAAGAAAAUCAAGACUGAGAGUGGUCGGCUCAUCAGCAGCUCAUAUAAGAAAAAUAUUUACGAGGAUUGGAAGAAGAAAUAUAAAAUUGAUGAUCAGGAUUCUGAAGAUGAUGAAAGACAGGGUGGUGUGACCCACAGAAAGGGAAGAGGUGGACACAGUAAAUCUCGAGGAGGACCUCGUAAUGAAACCCCUGGACCUCAUGGAAAGCCUCGUUCUGAGUUGCGCAGCAAACAACAAAUUCUUAAGCAGAGAAAGAUCCAGGAAAAGCAGCGGUUCCUGCAGAAGGGUGGUAUGAAGCAACUCAAGAAAAGAACAAAACAGGGUGUUCAUGAUAUGAAGAGAACUGCAUUUGGCAGGGGGAAGAGCAGCGGGUUUAAGAAAGGAAAGAUGAGGAAAAAUAUGUAAUGGUGUAGAAUGUGCAAAUGAAAUGACAUUGUUGGCAAAACCCAGCAUGCAUCCCAUUUUUGAAUGGGUAAUUUAACAGUAUAGGGGGAGGCAUCUCAACCAUAUGCUCUUUUACGUUCAUGAACACCCCAUCUAAAUGAUGCAUCACAGCCAUGCCCUUCAGUAUAAAAAGCAAAGCUGAAGCUUACAGAAGGCUGUUAGUGUGAUUUAACCCUUUACUGACCAGAUGGACCUGUUCAUUUUUGUGAAAUUGAUAUCAACCCUGUAAGACAUUACGAAUAACACAGGCAAACGCAUCAGCUAUGUAUCACCAGUGGCAUCCUUGGAUACAUGAAGAUCUUUAACCCCCAAGGCCGUGGACUCUAGAUAAUGUAUAUUAAUCUUAUUAAAUACAAUGUUCGCUA